CGGGCUUAGUUAUCAACACUUUUAAAGUCUUCGAGCAGAAGCAGUCAUUUGUAUUUUAAAUUCUGUCUUUGAUAAAGAAAAAGUUAAUUUGUUAAUCAUGGACGUUUCUCCGGGCAGCCUAGCCAAGCAAAUAAGCAUUGAGCGAAGAUUUAACUGUGUUGUUUGCCUCUGUGCGCGUUUUCAAAUGGUCUAUGGCCAGUGUCAACAUAGAAUUUGCACGAAAUGUGCUUAUGGGUCGAGCGGUGUCCUUCGCCAGCAGUUUCAGCGUUGCCCUUCCUGUCAACAAGAAGAUUCCUUUCCUGAACGAAAGCCUACUAUUCCUGAAGAUAAUAUAACGCUGCAGAAGUUGCUUGGUGUCACGGCUUGUCAGAAUAAAGGUUGUACGCAGGAAUUUUGGUCUUGGGAAAAAUCCGAACAUGACUUGUGAGUAUCCUGUUUGAAACACGAGGCAGGUCAUUUAGGAUAGAAAGCUAAAAAUAUUGCAAAUCUUAAUAUAGCCAGCAAGCCCGGAGAGUCCUAGGAAAUCUUAGAUUUUUUGUUCCUUGAUAGAUUUUCUUGAUAGUACGGCAAAAUUAAGUAUUUUCCUUUAAAAAAUUUCCACAACAUUCAACAAUGCAUAUUUUCAUGCUAGGUUUAAUAUUACAAAAACACUCGAGCUACAACAGUCAACAGAUGGCUUAUGUCAAGUGUGUUAUUCAACUUCAAAAUCCUGAAUUUUCUGUAAUACACCCUUUUGAUAAUUACGUCACAAAUUAAUCACUAGUUGGACCAGAAGCCUCGCUCUCGUGCAUUACUGUAAUGAGCCUUACAUCUUGAUUCACUAGAGCAAGGUUUCAAGACCAAGGCAUUAUUUCACAGUUACUAUGCAACUGUGAACAAUGUGUUCGAAAGGCUUCAUUUUUAUUUGCUAUGUUACUAGUUACAUUUUUACAAUGCCCCGACACACACAGCAUCAAUUUCAGUCGACCAACAGCCCUCUGCAAGACCAUCGAUGGGUUUCUGUGAGCAUUAGUGCAGGCAGCAAAGUCCCAAAUAAUUUAUAUAUAUAUGUAAGAAAGCUCAAAAAUGGUUUGGAGUUAAAAAUGGCGGAAUGCGUCUUGUGUUGUGAAAUGGCAUGGCCUAGAAAGAAAAAUUGUGAAAAACUGUCGUGUUAUUUGUUUAGAACAUGUUCCUAUAAAAAUUCACCUCGGAGAGGAAAACGUCCUUCAGAUGCUCGGAAAAACCAAAGGUAUAUAAUUAUCUAAUGAUUAAUCCCACAGCUAGAAACUUCUGGAAUACAUAAUUUGAAAUUCACAAUUCCCUUUCAGUUCCACCACACCAAGGAAAACAGGGACUCCAGCAAAAACACCAAAAAGAGAUUACAAGCUUCGAUCGAGGCACAAUUCAUCAAUAGAUAGCAAAUUGGAUGAUUCUGGUUAUAAUUUUCGCCAUCGUCAUGUAAGAUCCCACCAUACAUAAUCGUAGACCCAUUCGAUAAACAAUGUGCACGCUGCAGCAGUAUGUACUAUAAACAUACUUUUUAGGAGGGGCAAAUAUUCCUAAUAAUAUAUAGUCUUGCUUACUUUGUAAAUAUAAAUUGAUCUUCAAUUUUCAUAUUCAAUUUUCAUAAUUGACAUUCAAAUUGAUAUUUUGAUUGUCAAUGUAAAUUGCAUAUUUUUUUGUAAAUAUUAAUAUAUCACUCCUUAACAAUACUAUCUGGGCUAGUCAAUAUAUAUUUGUCAUGUUACAAAACCACUUGUGUAGCAUGUAAUUAUAUGUGGAAAAUGUUUCUGUAAAAAAAGCAACUUGUCAGAACAUUCAAGUUAUGUCACCAACAUGUAACAUAUCAAAUAAUUAAACUUUGUGUAUUGUUGUAAGAAUUUGUAUUAUAAAGUAGAAAAAUUAAGUAAUAAUGGAAUAAAUUUUUGAUAUUUUGGAAACAGUUAUGAGGUCUACACUAGGGGGGGGGGAGUGUUCCCUUGUUUUGAAAAGUUUUCCUUUGGUAACACCGUGUAUAAAUAUUUUUAAUUAAUAACACUAAAAAAGAUUUCACCGCAUAUGUUCCCUUGUUUGCUAUGAUUUUUCAGCUUUGUUCCCAAUGCUGGGUAUGCCUUGUUAUCUCAACCAAAGUACAAUUUGUAUGUUUUCUUCAUUAUAUUCUUAAGCUGUAAUAUUCCAUACAAUGUGACUUUGAUGUACAAUGCAUUUGACUUUUCUCGGGUCACAGAAACCGACAGUGUGAUGUACAUUUUUUGUUACAGUAGAUUAAUUGCAAAUACAUUGUUUUAGUAUUUUUGCACAAGUGAAUAUAACAAAUCCUACAAGUUGAUUGGUCAAAUCUCACAUAUUAAGCUGUUAUAUUGACCUACAGGUGAAUAUAACAAAACCAAAAUUUGCAAAAUGGUGACUAGCUGUUUUGUGGAAGUUACUGAUAAAGAAAUAAGCGAAAUUAAAAUAAACUCUGUCCCAAAAAAACACAAAAGACUUGUGUAAAAAUACUAAAACAAUUAUUUGCCUCAGUGAUGCCUUCGGCAAAUAAUUGUUAAUGUGAAAAAUAUCUGGAUGAACUCAAAAACGAUUGUUAUAUCUGUUACAUUAUUCAUCAUUCAAUAAAUAAAUCAAAUCUACUAAUUCACCAAUUUUGUAAUACAAUGUACUAAACUGACUACAAAUUCUUAGAAAUGCUGUCUUUGACAUUGUCUGGUAUUUUGCUCAACAAAGUCUCAUGAUUUUCCAAUGUUGCAACCAAACCAGUGUAGUUCAUGUAAUCGGUAUUAUACUUGUACUGAAUUGGUCUUCCUAGGACGUCGGUUAUGUUCCCGCCUGCUGCACGUAGGAUUGCAUCUGGCGCACAAGUAUCCCAACGCUUUGUUCCUUUGCUUGCAUAAACAUAUGCAUCUGUUUCACCAAGGAGCACAGAUAAUGCCUUAUACCCAGAGCCGCCAGCUCUUGCAAUCUUUGUUGGAUUCAUAGCUUGAAUUGCUUCAAGAUUUACUUUACUGCUGUGUGAUCUAGUAGUGAUAAUAAUCAGACCAUCAUGUGUGCUCUUUUCAUAGCCAAAUGAACCAAUACCUUGCACUCCCCAUAUUGUUCGACCAGUAAUGUUUGGAUUUUCACGUGCUUUGUAAAACGGCUGGUGUAUGAUGCCUGCAAUGGGCUUGCCAUCUAGUGAUAUGCCUAUGAGAACUGUAACAUGUUCUAUUAGGCCUAGAAAUGAAAGAAAUAUUGAUAGUUUUAACUUAGAGAAUAU